UUCUUCUAAGAUUCCUCCUUCCUUUCUACCCUUCUUUUUUCUCAUGCUUCCUUUCGCUUUUCAUCUCAUUCAUUCUUAUUCUAUCUCCAAGUACUAAAGCUUUUCGCUUUUUGUUCUCUUGUUCCCUUUUUCUCAUCUGGGUCGGUUUCAUCUUCCCCCUUUUCCCCUUAACCUUUUCUGGGAAUUCUGAUUCAUCAAGGAGUUUUACUUUACCUAGAGGUUUACACACACACGGAAUAUAGAAGGAAUCCUCUUUGGUAGUACAGUGAGUUUUGGUAUAAAUAUUAAAGGCGCGCGGCGAAGAUGGGGGAUCACUUUGAUUUGCUCGUUGAUCGAUUGCUUACUGAAUCCACAUUAGAAGCUGCACUCGAAAGCCGAAAGCGAUCAAUGCAGGCCGCUUGCUCGGUGGUGAAUGACACGAAAGUUGAUAUCUCUUUGAUAAAGAUGGGUCCAGGUGAUAUCAAAUAUCCAGGGAAAAUGGUGGAGUGCAGGAUAUGUCAUGACGAUGACGAGGAUUCCAAUAUGGAGGCACCCUGCUCUUGUUGUGGUAGUUUGAAGUACGCCCACCGUAGAUGUAUACAGCGAUGGUGUAAUGAGAAGGGUGACACCACCUGUGAGAUAUGCCACCAGCCAUUCAAGCCUGGUUAUACAGCUCCUCCUCCACUUUUUCAGUUUGGACGUAUUCCAAUGAGUUUCAGGGGAAAUUGGGAGAUUUCAAGAAGAGACUUAAAUAGUGCUCAUUUGGUUAGCAUGGUGCCAACCGACCCGAACCUUCUCAAUUCUAACUAUGAUCAGGAUUCACCUUCUACUUCAGGAAGUUUGCUAUGCUGCCGUUCAGUUGCUGUCAUCUUUAUGGUUCUACUGAUUUUACGACAUGCACUUCCCCUUGUAAUUACUGGAAACAAGGAGUAUUCUUUCCCACUUUUUAUGCUGGUAUUUUUUCGGACUGCUGGAGUUGUUCUUCCUAUAUACUUCAUGGUCAGAGCAGUGACUCUAAUUCAGCGACACCGGAGACAACAUCGAGAGCUUCCUAAUGCCCUGGUCAGUUUAUCUGACAAUGAAAUUGAGCAAGGCGCUUUGCAGCAUCAGCCUCAUGUCAUACAUCUACUUUAAAGAUACUGUAGCCACUUGAAGUAAAUGAAGUGGGAAAAAGCUCUUGGUUUGGGAUGCUGCAAUUUGUCUUCUAAUGUAUGAUUAGAUGGAGAAAACUUCCUUGAGAUACUUGAUUUUUCUGAGGAAUGAGGAUAAAAUUGGUCAGAAGACACUGAAAUUCAAUGUGCAACAAGUGUCAUGCCUCAUGAGAGCAAUUGCAUGCCAACUCCUCAGCAAGUCUUGGCUGCAGCAAGUUAUGCAUUUACUGUUUCUGCUUACUGGUUGGAAUUUCUCAGAUUCAGUACAAAUUCUCCAGUGUAGAUAGAAAUUUAUAAUUAUGUAGAGAAAAUUACAUGGGUAGAUAUCAAAGAUGGAUGACUUAUUUGUAUAUAUUGCAAUGAAAAAUAUGUAUGUAUGUAUGUUGUUUUUUUCAAGGAAAUGAUGCCAGCUUUGUCUA